CAUGGAAGCUGGAAGGUGCUGCGCUCCCACUACUCGCAGGCCCAGGAUAAGCAAACCCGAGCUCUCGGCGUCCAACAGAAAAAAGAAUUGAACUUUGCUGCAAAGGAUUGGUGUGAAGAUGCAGAUGACUGGGGAGCAUGUGAUGGAGCACAGGCUCCUGCAUGUGCUUCCCUUGAGCUGCUUGGCCUAAAGGAAGAUGUGAGCAGCGAGGUGGAGUGUGCAUCCCAGCUCCAGCAGCUCCACCUGUCAGAGCCUGCCCAUGGUGCCCAGGACACCCAUCCUGCAGCCAGUGAGGACAUGGUGAUGGCAGUGGCUGGCUCAGCUCCUGUGUUCCAGCCCUUCUACGUGAAUGUGGUGGAUGAGGAAGACUACAUGGGUUUCCUUGAUACAGAUCAUGCAGAUAAGCUACUGAAGGAGUAUCAGCAGAGAGAGGGUGUUGAUUUGGAGCAGAUGAUGUCAGAAAGUUAUGCAGGUGAAGAUGGUAAUGAAAAAUAUGAGAAGAGUGAAGUCAAAAACUGGGACUACACAUUCCAUAAAUUCCUGAAAAGAGUAUCUGUAUGUCCUGAACAGAUUCUAAGAUACUCUUGGGGUGGCCAGCCUUUAUUCAUCACGUGUCCUCCAGCCAACCUGGACCAGGCUAUUCCAGCCUGCAGUACCUGUGGAAGCAGCAGAGUGUUUGAGUUCCAGCUGAUGCCCACGCUGGUCAGCAUGCUCCAGAGUGACUCAGAUCUGUCAGUGGAAUUUGGAACUGCUAUAGUUUACACGUGUGAGAGAAGCUGUUGGCCGACAAAUCAUCAAACUCCUCUUGAAGAAUUUAUUUUUGUACAAGAAGACCCGGAUCAGAGAUUAUUUAAAUAAAUUGUAUUUCUCUGCAUAGAUCAAAA